CAACCGCCUGCCAAGUCGGAGUUGUUGUCACCGGAAGCUGUGAAGAGCAGGUUCAUUGUCACAGGAUAAGUUAACUGGUUCAGGGUUCAGUUAAACGCAUCAGGAUUAAAGUUACUGGCACUGCAUUGCAAGUCAACGCCAGAUUCUCUAUUCGACGCUCCUUCCGUAGCUACUGGAGUAGGUGUCAUCCGUUCUCCUGGAGGACAGUGGAGCACCAUGAACAGCUUGUUGGUGUUAUUCUGCCUUAUAGGCGUCACCCUCCAAGGGACAUUGGGCCAGUGCCCCUUCGGGUGGAUCAACCGCCCUGGAGCAGACUUCUGCUACUCGGUCGAGUCCGUACAGAGGAGUUGGCUGGAUGCCAACUUAAUAUGCAAGGAACAAGACGCGAAUCUCGUAUCAAUAGAAUCGACUGACGAACUGGUUUGGGUCCGAAACCAGAUCAGCAACGACACGAAGCGUGGUAUCUGGUGGACUGGAUUGAACGACAUCGCUCAGUCAGGACAGAGGCCAUUCGUCUGGUCUGACGGCUCGGCGGCUGGAGAGAAUUUUAUUACGUGGUUGAACGGAGAGCCAAACAACCAGAAUGGCAAUGAAUUCUGUGCCGUCAUCGGCAGAGCGGGUCUUUUUAGUGACAGGACCUGCCAGAGUCAGAAUGCCUUCAUUUGCAAGAGGAAGAAGGAUCAACCCUUCUAUUGCGACCACGUAAACGGAUGGGAGAGCUUCAAUGGAAAAUGCUACAAGAGUUUCACCAAUUCAGAGACUUAUUAUGACGCGCAAACGAUAUGUCGAAAUGAAAAUGGCUUCUUGACCACAGUGCAGAAUGUGACUGACGCUCAGAGAAUCCUUUUUCUAGCCAAGCGUAUUGGACACGGUGUCUGGAUUGGUCUGCAGUCGACUCCCGCGAACAAUGCUUUGGGCUUUGAAUUCCUCCAGUGGGACAACGGAGAGGAUGUAGGCCAGACCUUCUGGUACAACAGCAGGUACCCGUACAAAGUCGCAGGCCAGGAGAACAACACCUGUGCCUUCACCAUUUACUGGGGCAGCAAUCCCGCCAAAUCCUGGCAGACGACAAUAUGUGAUGGAACCAGCAUGAAAGCGGUCAUGUGUGAGAAAGCACAGGGAAUGUGCAGUCCAGGAUGGGUAGGCUUCAUGGACCAGUGUUACCAGAUCAACGCCAAGACGCCCAUGACUUUCGAGGAUGCCAACAGUGACUGUACUAGCGUUGGGGCUCAUCUUCUUACCAUUAAAAGUGAGGCGGAGCAGGUCUUCGUCAACGACACCAUCCUGUACAACCUGCGUACGACUGGGUUCUCAAGGAUGUGGUUUGGGAUCACACAACAACAGCCAAGCAGCGCCUUCAUGUGGACAACAGGCGAAGACCUCUCCACCGGAUACACCAACUGGGACACCAACCAGCCAUUCAUGGACGACAAAAAUAUCCAAGGUGGCGUCCUUUAUACUGGCGCCAUUGAAGGAAGGUGGAGCGUCACAUCUGAUGUUUACAUCCCAACGCCUUACGUCUGCCAGAUCAACAGUGCACAGACGCCCAUGUUCAUCACCACUCCUGCUCCGCAGUACCGAUGUGAGUACAACGCAGGUUGGCGGAGAUGGAAGAGCAACUGCUACUACAUGAACACCACUGCUAUCCCUUGGCUGAAUGCCAGGCAGUCUUGCCGAGACUCCGGCGCCGACUUGGUGGACAUCAGGAGUAGACAAGAAAACAGCUUCCUCAUUGGUAAAAUCCAGUCCGACUGUUGGAUUGGACUGAACGACUUUGCGUUGGAGGGACAGUUCGUGUGGUUAGAUGAAAAUACUGCGCCUCCCUUCACGAAAUGGAACGAUGGUGAACCCAAUAACGCGGGAAGCGAGCACUGUACAGAGAUCACCGGUACUCCCAACCUGCCCUACACAGGCCUCUGGAAUGACAACGAUUGCACCCUCAACAAGGCCUUUGUCUGUAAGAAACCUGCACAGAUUGUAGGUGUGACGGACGCUCCAACGACACAGUCGGCCCAGUGGACAGCAAAAUGCGGCUACGGUUGGGAAGAUGACACGAUGUCUGACUACUGCUACCGGUUUGUGUCUCAGGCGACCACCUGGAGCCUAGCCAGACAGACAUGCCAAGUGGCUGGAGGAGACCUCCUCAGUAUCACGUCUCUGCAUGAGCAGUACUACAUCACUGGCCGUGUGAAUUCCAUGAACGACUUGAUCCUCUGGAUGGGUUUCAAUGAUAUCGGGAGGGAGAAUCGCUGGGUGUGGAGUGAUCAGUCCGGAGCCGCCUACUUCAACUGGAAUGGGGGCGAACCGAAUGACCAGUCCACGGGCCAGGACUGCGGGGUUGUCCUGACAACCCAUGGUCGCUGGGAUGAUGAGUAUUGUGAUAGGAGGUUUGGCUACAUCUGCAAGAAGACUGGCGAUAUCCCGACAACUAUACCUGCUCCAACACCGACUCUACCUGCAGGCACAGUGAUGGGAUGCCCAUCCGGCUGGAAAGGUUGGCGGGAUAGUUGUUACAAGUUCGUGAAGGCUGACAGCCUGUCCGGCUCCCAGGGGUUGACUGCCUGCAGGACGUACGGCGGAGACCUUGCCUCUAUCGGGGAUCGAGCAGAAGACAACUACAUAAGGAUUCAAACCAAAAACCUUGGUGGCGACCAAUGGCUAAUCGGCCUCAAUGAUAUCGAGAAGGAAGGCAUAUUCAAAUGGACGGACGGGUCACCAGUGGCGUACACAAACUGGAACCCUGGUGAGCCGAAUGAUGCCAGCCCAGGAGACGGAGAGGACUGUGUGGAACUCAACCCGAACAUUGGUGGUGUAUGGAAUGAUAUACCAUGCGGUACGAUCACCAAUAGCUAUGGUGUGGACGGUUUGGUCUGCAAAAUGAAAAUGAGUGCUCAGGCACCAACCACGGGCGUGCCGACCGUACCUGGUUGCUCGACGUUCUACGAUCUAGGUUACGGUCAAAGUUGCUACAAAUUCGUUGAGGCCAAGAAAACGUUUGCCAACGCCGAGGCUGAUUGUCUCUCCAAUAGCGGCCAUCUUGUUGCUGUGUCAGACGCGUCUGAACAGGCGUACCUCUCGAGCCAGCUGGCUCUCCGUAGCGAAGAUUAUUGGAUUGGUCUUUCGAACCAAGGGGACAACUCUGGUGUCUAUUCAUGGACCUCGGGGGCACAGGACACGUUCUCAAACUGGAACAGCCUCCACUCAGGAAAUGAGAGAAACAAAUGUGUGACCGUCGGCACCGGUGUGAGCCUUGGCCUCUGGUCUGAUAAUGACUGUACCCCGGCAAAGAAAUACAUCUGCGAGAAUGACAUGAAACCUACCACCUCCCCCGGCCAACUGACCUGCCCAGAUAAAUGGGUACUCGACGCAGACUGGAAUAUGUGUUACAGGGCGUUUAUAAAAAGCAACAUAAAAUACCGAAAGACCUGGGAAGACGCUCGAGCCCACUGCCAGACAUUCGGUGGCGACCUCAUCAGUAUUCACAGCAAUGAUACCAAUGCUAUCAUUGACGGACUCACACCUGGCUGGGUGACAUCUCGAGGAUUCUGGAUCGGCCUCAACUCCAGGGAUCCCAACACAGCUGGUCACACUUGGAGUGAUGGCUCCGCCUUCAACUUCGCCAACUGGAUGCCCUACCAACCCGACAACCACAACGGUGCCGAGAACUGCGUGGCCCUCCAGAGCGACCCGUUGACAUGGAACGACGCCAACUGCUACGGUGCCCGUGAAUGGAUCUGUCAAAUGCCGACGAACACACCCCUUCCAACUGGGGCAGGGCGGCCAGGCCCGACUGGCGACACGUCCGUCUCAUGCGGACAGGGAUGGAUCCAUUAUAACGGCAUGUGCUACCUGUUUCCGACGCAGCGAAUGACUUGGUACAAGAGCAAGGACUAUUGCCAGGGUUUUGGCGGCAACUUGGUCAGCGUGCAGGAUCAGGAUGAAAACGAUUUUCUUCUCAGUCAGAUUUCAACCUCCCACGGUGAUCGCUGGAUCGGCCUCAACGAGUUGGGUAAUAUCGGGUACAGAUGGACGGACUACUCACCUGCCACCUAUUUCUUCUGGGCGCCGAAUGAGCCUAAUGAUGCGUUUGGAGCGGAGAAAUGCGUGACCAUGUCGCACUGGCAUGGGCUAUGGAAUGAUGACAAUUGUAACCAAGAUCACCAGUUCAUUUGUGAGAAGUUAAACGGAAGUUACAGUACAGUACAACCAGUCACCAGACCACCUGCUCCUGGCAAUUGUAAAAAUGGCUACUUCGCUGUGGGUGACAAAUGUUAUCGAUAUUUUGAUGAAUACGUCAACUUUACCACCGCCUUCGAAAAGUGCACAAGCUUCGGCAGCGGGUACUACUUAGCGAGUAUCAAUAAUUAUUAUGAUCUGGUAAAUAUCCUCCUGAAGAUCACUGCCAGAGAGUCAUUCUACAUCGGUCUCCACAACCAGGGUGUGGGAAGGAAGUUUGUCUGGAUGGAUAACACAGAGGUGGCAAUUGCCAACUGGGCCAAUGGGGAACCGAACGGACUAUCCUCAUCGAACACGGAGGCUUGUGUUGAGUGUUACAACAGUGGGGACUUCCUCACAGGAAAAUGGAAUGAUAUCAACUGUGAUAGUGCAAGACAUUUCCUCUGCGAAGGACCAAAAGAUCCGCUUGCCCCUCCACCUCUUACACCAAUCAACCCAUGCAAGUCUGGCUACCAACCAUACGGAGGCAACUGCUACAAGCUGGACCUAGGUCUCAGAAUCUGGGACCAGGCCAACCGGUUCUGCCAGGCUGACGGAGCGGUUCCAGUCUCCAUAACGAACCACUACGAACUGUACUUUGUCUUUAAACUUCUCUUGGAAGGGAUGGGCACCAGGACUGGAAAUGUCUGGUUGGGGCUCACUGACAAAACGAUCCCCGGACUUUACAUAUGGUCCGACAACUGGCCGGUGACGGUCACCAACUGGGGGCCGAACGAACCUUCGAGGGGCAAGGAUGAGGGUUGUGUUGCAAUGGACAGGUACACAGCAGUUUGGACAGACACCAAAUGUGCCGAGACGCUACCUGUCGUCUGCAAGAUUUCAACAGAAACACCACCAACUCUACCACCAUUCCAAAUCGGUCAAUGCGACGACGGUUGGAUACCACACGAGUCCAAGUGCUACAAGCUCAGUGAUGACAAGGGCACGUGGUCUGAGGGCAACUUCCAGUGCCAGCGUGAGGGGGCGACACUGGUUAGCAUCCAUUCCAAUGCUCUGAACGACUACCUUGUCUCGGCAGCAACUGGUGCCAACUUGCAGGUGGAUAGCUUCUGGAUUGGUUUACUUCGGCGCAGUCAUGGUGGUUUCCUAUGGGCAGACAACACUGGUGUCGGCUUUACCAAGUGGAACGAUGGAGAGCCAAACGACCAAGGCGAGGCUGAACAGUGCGUGGGGUUCUUCAAAGUCAGCGGCCUCUGGAAUGACAACAGCUGUGAUGUCCCUAGAGGUUACAUGUGCAUGAGGCAAGGCAAACUAGGGGUCCCUGCCUCGACACCAAAGGUCAUACCAGGCGGCUCCACCCCAGGACGUCCGAGCGAAGGUCCGGCGCCACCAGCCAAGACUACGCCACCACCAGAUCUACCGUCCAAGGCGCCACAAAACCAGAGUUCAGAAGGCACAGCCAGUGAAAUAGGUCUCAUCGUCGGCGUCUGCUGUGGUGUGAUUCUGUUACUAGCCGCAGUAUCGGCUGGCGUUAUCUAUUGGAAGCGCAUGAACUACGCAAAGAACGCUAGCGGUUUCGAUAACGCCGUUUAUAUGAAGAGUGAAGAUAUUGUGAAUAUUCAGGGGAAUGUUGCGCAGAUAGACGCGACUAAUCACCAACAGGACGACGGGUUCAACUCUCCUGGCAUUUCAAUUUAUGAAAAGGACGCAUCGGCCUGUUGAUGAGGAGAGGGUCCGCGUCUGUGACAAACUCUUUAUUCCAGUUAUCAUCAGUGGGCGUGCAAAAUCGUGCAUUGUGACUGAGAUUUUUGUGGUUGUUCCUUGUCUUCGACUUUGGCGACUUUGAAACGAACUCGCAAAUAGUCGCGUAGUCAUUAUUACAUGUUCCAGUUGGUUAGAAAGAAGUGAUGCCACUCCUCAACAUGAGAAAUGGUACCACUGCCUGUCAGUUAGUGGUACCCUCGCCAUGUGAAUCCAGAGUGUUUCCAUGCGCUCGUUUUAGGGUAUAUUUGGCCCGCCAAACAUGCAUACACGUCCUAUUUAUCUUUCUUUUGCCAUUUUAUACCAGAUAGAACUGUACAUUUUUAUGAUUUCAUUACCUUUCUGAUUCUGUAUGAUUAUAAUCAAUAAAUAAAGUGAGUCAUAAAAUGCAACGGACUCUGUGUGGACGCAGUGUCGAAGACAUAGAAAAUUCAAAUGACAAAACUAAAAUCCAACCAGGGUAUCCAUCUACAGCUUUUUAACGGCAAGCUCUCGGAGAACCGGACUGGCGAGGUAUGGUAUGGUGAACAGGUUACCCGGGGAACGUUGCCACUCUAUUGUAUAAACCUGAAGCAAAUCAAUAAAGCUCUUACAACUAC